GCCCUGUAUGUAUUUCUUCUUAUAGUUCCAGUCCACCUCAAGAUAUGAAAUCUUCGACAAUAUGUCUGGUUUCGUAAUGAAUUCAUCAAGAACGCUACUGGUUGCAUUACCUAUUCUUACUAGUGGGAUAUUAUAGUGAUAGAAAGUUAACCAGUCACUUUCAGUACUUAUCAAAUUAUUUUAAAAAUACCAGUAUUUGCGGAAGAUUCAUGGAAUUAUUGAGUUAAAUCUAAUCAAUAGAUAUUAGGUAGUGGAUUAUAGUCUUUGGAAAUGGUGAAUAUGUUCAUAGAAUAUUUAUUGAUUGUGUCUUGUGCUUUAUUAGUGAGAUGCCAGGUAAAUUUAGAGGAACACUUUCAGAACUGUCAAACUACUAGUACAACCUUCGAUGAAUGUCUAAAGGAUGGAUUGAAUGAUCUCAGGCCAUAUUUUUCGAGCGGAUUACCAGAUUAUGGAAUCGGAUCUUUUGAUCCAUUUUUCGCAGUAGAAGUGCCCCAAAAGAUGAGCAAUCCUUUCUUCAACUACAAACUUGUACUGAGAAAUGUAACAGAAAGUGGUUGGACGCAAUCCCAAAUAACCAAAAUGAGGACAGAUCUCGAUAAAAAUCAAAUCCGAGUGACUCAAACAUUUCCAGACAAGCGUCUGAAUGGUUUGUACGAAAUCGAAGGAACAUUCUUCGGACAGAAGGUUCGCAACCAAGGUACCUGGAACUUAGCACUUUUUGACUACGUCCAGACGCUUACUAUCUCCAGGAAACCAGUUGGAAAAAAUGCCCCACUGAAAAACCCACUCAUCAAAGUGAAGUGUAAUCUGGAAUCAUGUCAAAAAUUGGAGAUGCAUAUUGGUAACCUAGCUGGGGGAAGAACAGUUGUUGAAAAUUUCUUGGACUGGGUUAUCAAUCGUGCAUGGCAACCUGGUUUCGUGAUCUUGAGUCCCGUCAUCAACGAUCUCGUCAGUACAGCGUUCACGGAAAUAUUGAACAAGGAUUUUCAGAAUUUCCCAUUCGAAACAGUGUUCAAGAAUUGACCGUUCGCUCAAUUCCAUUGCUGCUAAUAUAACAAGGAAUCCUCGAUUGCCACUACAUAUAUAACGAUGUAUAUUUUCUAGUCCCU